AUCAAUUUGUAGAGUAGAGUUGGUGUGUAGUUGAUGGAGAAAAAAAAAAGAAUUUAGCGUGAAAUACCUUUGAGACAGAUGUAAGUUACUUUCUGUGAAUCUAAAUAAAUAAAUAUAGAAUAAGAAAGUGACCUUAUCUAAAUAAUAACUACACCAAAGAACACGAUCAUUCGUCGUCAUAUAAAUUUUUACAAAUGGAUCAGAGUCACAAGAAUAAUGACUGCUACUUUUUUUACUAUUCCACGUGCACAAAAGGAGACAAUUGUGCAUUUAGACAUGAACCUUCGGCUUUGGGGUGUGAAGUAAUGUGUUCAUUUUGGCAAGAAGGAAACUGUUUGAAUGAACAUUGUAAUUUCAGGCAUAUGGAGUUGAAGAAAAAUCGUAAAUCGAUUCCAUGUUAUUGGGAAACCCAACGUGGAGGUUGUAAAAAGCCACAUUGUCCUUUUUUACAUUCUUUAGAACGCCCUCCAGCCAGUGAAAUGACUAUAACACCAACGAAAACAUCUACAACUGAAUUACCACCAAAACCUGUUAAUCAAGAAUGGUCAAAUCGUUCAGAAGAUGCAAAAUUUGAUGGAAGUGGUACAGAAUCGGAUCAAGGUCGUGGAAGCAGUGAAGCAGGAAGUUUCAUCGGUAGUCCAGCAGUGGAUCCUCUUAUCGUCAACUUUGACGAAGAAUCUGACAGUGAGGGUGUCGCCACAUCACCAAUUAAGAGUCAAACAACGAGGAUUCCGUAUUGCAAAACUUACGAAGAAAUCAGAUUGGAGGAGAUUCAAGCUGAGAGUGCAGCUUAUUAUUCCUACGAGAUCGAUGACUAUCAAUUAAAUAUUGGCACUGGAAUGGAGCAGCAGACACCAACAGUAGCAACUAAUACAAUACCACUCAAUACUCAUGACGAAGUUCUACAAAAGUCAUCGUCGACUUUAGAUUUCAAAAUAUUAACUCUAGAUGAAAUUAGAAAACGAAAAAAAAAUAGUACUGAGACAGAAAAUAUACAAAUAUUGACGAAUGAAGAAAAUAAGGAGACGUUAGAUGAUGAAAAGUUGGGUAAAGAAAAUACUACGGUACAAAUAAGAAAUAAGAGGAGUUUUGAUAACAUGACAAACUUAAAUGUAGAAACAAAUAUUAAAAAAUGUAAAUUUUCAAAUAGAGUUCCACCAGUUAGACUUAAAAGACCAUCAAAAAACGACAGAAAUGAGUCAAUAUGUAGUUUGUCGAAUUCAUCAGAGACCUUGAAUAUAGAUAAUGGUGAAACAAUAAAAGCAAAUGACAUUCAAAUACGUUGUUGUGAUAGUAGUACUUCAGAUGAUAUAUCUACUUUACAUAAUAAAGAAGAAAAAAUGGAGUAUGAUACUAAUGAUGAUAAAAGGCAUAAAAAUGUUAGUUAUAAUACAAAACUUGAUCAAGAGGCACAUUUAGUUGUAGAUGAUUAUAUUGAUGGCUCUGAUGAUAUUCUUAAAGAUAUUGAUGCUUUGUUAGUUGAAAAAACUGGGUGAAAUUAUUCAUUUAGUGAUUAAUUUUUUAAUUUUAUGUAAAUUUAUUAGAUAAAGAUGAAGAAAGAUAAUUCAUAUUCCAAAGCAGCAAUGAAACAUGUGACAAUCAUUACGAAAAGCUUACUCAUAGUGAUGAUUUAAGGAGCUGCAUUUAACAUACUUGGAUCGAUGAACGUCGAUUGAUUUAUACAAACAAUGGAUUUCGUAAAAGCCUUGAUUUUUAUCGUAAAAGUUCAUUAAUUAGUUAACGAUUUUCUUGGCAUGUGUUCAAAUAAUUUCAUUUAUUCUUUUAAAUUCAUCGGUAGAAUCUAAACAUUCUAUUUAUAUUGUUUGAAAUAAAAAUAUAUGAG